UCCAGCAAGCGGUUAGCCCAGACUAUAUUGCAUGCCUUGAAGUAUGUGAAGUGGAAUCGACCAUACGCCCGAUGUGACAAGGUCCUUUAGAUUCUUCCAAAUUUUGUCCUCGUUGAUUUCAAAUGAUUCGAAUAAGCGCAGGGGGAGAGCGCUUCUCCAAACGAUGCUUUUAGGACAUGUUUGGAUGUUUGGAUAGAACAGGGAAUAUUAUCCGCCGAAACGAGGCGGUGAAGACUUAAACUUUCAUUCAAAUAUCUGGAGAUGGAGAGUGACCGUGUAGCCAUCUUGAAUGACGAUGAGGAGGACCAGAAGAGGAAGUAUGUCCUCUCAGAGCCUUUUAACACCUUAUCCAUGGACCAGGCGUCUGACAUGUCCCUCUCCGGGCCGACCCCCUCCGAGACCCCCUCCAGCCUCUCGGCCUCUCAGUCGGCCCAGAGCAUGGACUGCCUGGACCGGGGCUGCCUGCACGUAAACAACCACCUCCUGGUGUCCAAGGUGUUCUAUUUCUUCUUCUACGCGGCCUACGGCUCGCUCCACCCGCUUCUGGCCGUGUACUACAAGCAGCUGGGCAUGAGCCCUAGUCAGAGUGGCCUGCUGGUUGGGAUCCGCUACUUCAUCGAGUUCUGCAGUGCCCCGUUCUGGGGUCUCAUGGCCGACCGCUUCAAGAAAGGCAAGGCUGUGUUGCUCUUCUCCGUCUUCUGCUGGAUAGUGUUCAACCUUGGCAUUGGCUUUAUCAAGCCGGCCGCCAUGAUAUGUGUGGAGAAAGACUCCAUUGUCAACACCAGCCUCCCCCUCCCUGCAGGAAAUCAUACCAGGCAUCGCAGAUACAUAUUUGACAGCCCUCUUCCCGGCCUCUCACUAAUGCGGGAUGUGGAGCCUUCUUAUAGUGCCCAGCAUAGAUACAUUAGGAGUGUGGAUGUCAAUAUAUCAGACCAUCCUGGUGUAGCAACUCAGCUGCCAACCCCUAGACCUAUACAUGAAGCAGUCACAUCCAACAAAACCGCUCCUGCUGUUACCGCGACCACCGUAACCACGCCAAUCACUACCUCCAAAGCGGUGAAACCAACCGCCGCCGCCACCACCACCACGGCAGAGCCGAAGGAGCAUAAGAUCAUUUUCAACCACGACCAAGUGGAAACCAUCUUCCUCCUGAUCCUGUUGGUGAUCAUCAUCGGGGAGUUCUUCAGCGCGCCGGCGGUGACCCUGGUGGACACGGUCACGCUGCAGUACCUGGGCAAGCACCGGGACCGCUACGGGCUCCAGAGGAUGUGGGGCUCCCUGGGCUGGGGCCUGGCCAUGCUCUCGGUGGGCAUCUGGAUCGACCACACGCCCAUCACGCUGGUCGUCCAGGGCCUGGGCUGCGUGCUGCCCCACUACAAGAACUACCAGAUCGCCUUCAUCGUCUUCGGCGUGCUCAUGACCCUGGCCCUGGGGGUGGCCACGCAGUUCUACUUCGACCCCAGGGACUACCAGCCCGAGGGGGAGGAGGGCGAGCAGGGGAACGAGGUCGAGAUUACACACGUCGUCCAGAACAUUCCAAGCCCCGAGGCCAGCUCCGAGGAAGCCCCCGUGUGCCCGGAGUCGGUGCACCGGCCCCUCCCCAUCAAGGAGCUCUUCCGGCUGCUCUGCGGCGUCCAGUACGGCUCGGUGCUGUUCGUGGCCUGGUUCAUGGGCUUCGGCUACGGCUUCGUCUUCACCUUCCUCUACUGGCACCUGCAGGACCUGAAGGGCACCACCACGCUGUUCGGCAUCUGCUCCGUGCUCAGCCACGUGUCGGAGCUGGCCGCGUACUUCACCAGCCACAAGCUGAUCGAGCUGGUGGGCCACAUCAGGGUACUGUACAUCGGUCUGGCCUGCAACACCGCUCGCUACCUGUACAUCUCCUACCUGGAGAACGCCUGGAUCGUUCUGCCCAUGGAGGUCCUUCAAGGUGUGACGCAUGCCUCCGUGUGGGCGGCCUGUAUCUCCUACCUGAGUGCCGCGGUGCCCCCCGCUCUGCGCACCUCCGCUCAGGGCAUCCUGCAGGGGCUGCACCUGGGCCUCGGCCGCGGCUGCGGGGCCAUGAUCGGGGGCGUGUUUGUCAACUACUUUGGAGCUGCCCAGACAUUCCGAGGGAUUGGAAUGGCCUCCCUCGUCAUCCUCCUCAUCUUCUCCCUAAUUCAGUGCCUCGUAGGACAGAAUGAGGACAAGACAAAAGACCACAUUUUGGCUGAGAACAUUCCGGUCCCCUCCAGUCCAGUCCCGAUCGCCACCAUAGACCUGAUCCCAAACCAGAGCAGCCCCGAGUCCCGCCGCCUCCCCACCACCACCGCUGCGGCGGCGGCGACGGCGGCCGAACCCAGGGCCCCGGCCAAGAAGACCAAGCACCAGGAGGAGCAGGAGGACGUGUCCAAGCCCGCCUGGGUGGUGUCCACCUCGCCCUGGGUCAGCCUGGCCUUCGCCAUCUACCAGCUGAAGGAGAUGGUGGCGCUGGAGAAGAGCAACCCGGCGCUGGCAGAGCAGACGCAGCCCCAGCAGCAGGUACGCUGGUACCCCUUGUGAUGAUGCCCUGAUGGUGGCUGUGGUGAGGUUGGAGGUGCUGAUCCAUCUUUUGAUUCAGCCCAGUCUGUCUAUGCCAUGCCUUGCCCGUGCCUUUGCCCGUGCCUUGCCCGUGCCAUGACCACACUCACACUGUGCCAGUCGAGCCAAAAGUGCUUCCUUGGAGUGCAGAGGGGCAGCUUUUGUGGAACAUUUGCUUUUUUAUUUAUUUUUAUUAUUAUUUAUAUGAUAUUUUCUUUUCUUGUGCUUUCUAAAUUCUUGCCUUUUAUAAAUCAAUUAAGACUAUAUAUUUUGUUAACAUAUCUUUGUUGAACAGUUCAUGAGUGAAUAAUGAAUACAUUUCUUUUUGAUUAUUUCUCGCUCUCAAAUGACUCUUGCUGCAGAGCAUCAAGUUACAAAGUGCAUGCCUGAAAUGCUUGAAUGAAACUAUGAAAAUAAAAACAUGUCUGUUUAUUUCAUGCUUUCAAUGACCUCAAUGACCUCAGGAUAAAGGUGAGAGUGAAUCUGUGAAUGUACAGUGUGUGUGUGUGUAUGUGUGUGUGUGUAUAUGUGUAUAUGAACACAUUACAUACACAUACACUGUACAUACACAUGUGCAUAUGACUCUGUACAUAAAUGUCUCACUGCAUUUAUGGCCAAUAACUUGCCAUUCAGGACUGAAUAAAUGCACAUGGACUGCCUUGAAGAUUUAAUCAUAUUUAUGGCAUAUUUGAACAUAUUUAUGGCAUUAUAAAACAAUUUAUUGUGAUAUGUGAUGUGCUAUCUUAUGUUAUUGUUUAGGCAGAUUAUUUUUGACUGUUUCAUUCUUUUAUCUCAUUGUACUAAAAAUGUCUCGCAAACAAAGAAGACUUAAUGUAUCCACCAGCUUUUGUCUGCUCAUUAUUCGAAGCAUCAGUUAAUCUGUUAACUUGAGUAAAGUUAGUUUCAGCGACCAUAUAUCAUGAAAUGAAAUAUUUUAGUUUAAUUUUUUUUUUUUUAUAAAAUUACUAAUACUUACUUGCUUAGAAUUUCUAAACACUCCACACAGUUCAGUUUGACAGCAUAAUGCAACUGCUACUUACAUUUGCACAUGUGCAGUGAAGCAGAAUAAAUGCAAGAC